AUGGAUCCUCAUGUCAAGUACUUGCUAUCUCUUCGAGCCGUGCGAGAAAGGGCUCAGGUUGUUUGGCAGGCCGCAGAAGCCGGAGAGCUAGCCCACUUCGAUCUCCAUAAAGACAAACUCGGUGAUGUCGCUGACUUCGUCAUCUCUCGUGAUUUUGGACCUGACAAAUAUGACACCAUCCCACCCCACGGCCGCUGGCAACAUUUCGAUGUCGGCAAUGUGCCGCGUGUGCAGAACAUGAUUGACUCGUGGAAGACUACCGGGACUGAUGAUCUGGAACUCACUCGACGCCUCAUCGAUUUGUUCUCUGUCUCUGUGCUUCUAGAUGCUGGUGCUGGUGAUUACUGGCGCUUUGUGGAGCCGCAGACCGGUCGAAAGUAUGAGAGAAGUGAAGGCAUUGCUGUUGCCAGUCUCUAUAUGUUCAACUCGGUUGCUUUCACCGACGCGGUGUCCGAAAAGACCCCCUCAGUCAAUGAUUCUCGCGCAGCUCUUCUCAGGAGUAUUGGAGAGUCUUUGCUGAAGAAUCCUGGCGUCUUUGGAGAGCAAGGCCGUCCGGGAAACCUCGUGGAUUACAUGAUAAAAACAGCCGAGAACUCAUCAGAGUUGGAUGUGCUCAAAUUCUGGGACGUUCUCCAGACUCUUUUGAUUCCAUGCUGGCCCAAAGACCGCACGACCGUCAACGGAUUCCCGAUAGGUGAUGCCUGGCCGCUGAGCACAUUGAAAAAACACACCGAUCCUUCCAAGGCCGACGAUGUAACGGCCGGUAUUCAGCCGUUUCACAAGCUAACUCAAUGGCUCACCUACUCAUUGAUGGUUCCAUUCCAGAGGAUCUUGGAUAUCAAGUGGAAGAACACAGAGUCCCUGACAGCUUUGCCAGAAUAUCGCAACGGUGGCCUCUUUGUCGAUCUAGGGGCUAUCACGCUGAAGAAGGAGGCAUAUGAGCGGGGGAUCAAGGCAUCUGGCAAAGAACUGCCUCUGUUUGACGCGGCCGAUGAUGUUAUCGUAGAGUGGCGUGCUCUGACAUUGAAUCUGCUGGACCGAGUAUACGAAAGCAUCGUAUCACGGAUGGGUCAAGGGGUCCAUCUCACCAUGGCUCAAGUUCUGGAGGCUGGGACCUGGAAAUCUGGCAGGGAAAUCGCGGCUCAGCGCCGGCCAGAGACCAAGUCAAGCCCAAUCCUUAUUCGAAGUGAUGGCACUGUGUUUUGA